AUGGGGGCUAAUGCAAGCUCAAGCGUGUGGAAGACUGGCGAGUCGGCUCAAGAGCAGGGUCUUGAAUACGUGCCCCAUGCUUACCAUGUUCCAGUUAGCGGUCGCCCUAGCUUAUUUCCCAAUACAGCCGAUGUGCCUCUCAUUGAUCUAGGUGGGCUGUGGAAGGAUCCUGUGCGACGGUCUGUGGUCAUCAAGGACAUUGGAAACGCUUGUCAUCGCUUCGGCUUCUUUCAGAUUGUGAACCACGGAAUUUGCUUAACCGUGAUGUACAAAGCCCUCCAUGCAGCGUCUAGCUUUUUCGACUUGCCAACCGAAGAGAAGAUGAAGUACAUGUCGAAUGACGUGCACAAGCCGGUGAGAUAUGCGACGAGUUUGAAGGAUGGGAGCGACAAAAUACAGUUCUGGAGGGUCUUCCUCAAGCAUUAUGCACAUCCACUGGAACACUGGAUGGGUCAUUGGCCGGAGAAUCCCCCUCAUUAUCGGGAGAAGAUGGGCAAAUUCUGUGCCCAAGUGAGGAAAGUGGCGGUGGACUUGAUGGAGGCCAUCACGGAGGGCUUGGGACUAGGACCCUCGUAUCUGACCUCUAAAACGGAAGCGGGGAUGCACGUGAUGGCGGUCAACUGCUACCCGCCAUGCCCGAAUCCGGAGAUGGCACUAGGACUACAGCCCCACUCUGACUACACUUGCUUGACCAUUGUUCUUCAUAGCUCCCCUAGACUUCAGAUCAUGGACCCCGAAGACCGCACCUGGAAGUCGGUCCCUAAAAUCCCUGGUGCCUUACAAGUCCAUGUAGGUGACCAUCUCGAGGCCCUGAGCAACAGCCUGUACAAAAGCGUCGUCCACAGAGCGGUCCUCAAUUCUGAGAGGACCCGGUUUUCCAUUGCUAGCUUACAUAGUCUCGGCAUGGAUGAGAUGGUGGAACCUGCUGAGGAACUGGUGGGCGCGCAAGGGAAGAAGUACCGGGGAAGUAGCUUCAGGGAUUUUCUGAACUUUCUAGCUACCAAUGACAUUGGAGAGGGCAACAGCUUUAUCAGUACUCUCAAGAUCAAUCAAUAGUUGCUAGAUCCUGAACUUUGUUUUCUUUGCCCAGCUUCUGUAUCUGUAAU